CACAGCCUCUCGCCGUCUUCUUUCUUCUUUAAUCGGCACAGCACCCGUCACGAGUCUAAUUACAACAAUUAUCCUACUUGUACGACUACAACGACGGUCGGCUUACACGGGAACUACUGUGCAUCUGCAACCCUCCAAAUUUCAACCAUCACCCGCUCAGCCUUGCUUGACUGCCUCUUCGUUACAUAUACUGCCGGCUGUCCACGUCUCUGAACUCACAUUUCAUCGAACAAAUUCAAGUUCCUAGUUUCAUUCCACAUCACUCCGUCGCGAUGCGGCUACCCUUGAGCUAUGUGCAGCUCAGCAAAAUGGCUCUGCAUAUUGCGCAGGCCGUCAUCAUCUUCGUUUCGUGGGCCGUCACAAUAGCAAUUUUUACGCAGAGUAGUACCACCGACGGUCGUACAAAAUGGUUCUUUACUCUCUGUUGGUUGAGCAUCCCAGCGCUCAUCUAUUUGACCAUGGUGCCCAUGUGGUCACGAGCGAGGCGAUUCGCAAACGCAUACGCUUAUGCAGCGAUUGAUACAGUAUUUGCCAUCUUCUGGCUGUCGGCAGCCAUCGCAGUCGCAACCUGGAACAGUAGUGGCGAGUCUGAAGGAGCCAAGAAAAAGAAGAAGAGUGAUGCCAGCUGUGCCACUUUUGCAUAUGGCUCCGAGACCACCUGCAAACUCAGCAAGGUCACUGUGGGGUUCGGCGUUGUAGUCUUCAUCUUCUUCGCGGUAACGGCUGCGAUAUCAAUUUAUGGCGCCAUUUAUUAUCGCAAGAACGGCACCCUCCCGGGCGACGAGCCCCAACCCCACGAUCCCAACUCGAUUGAAAACCAAACAAAAGACGCAUUCUCCACCAAUACGUUUGAUGACGAUGACAAUGACAUUAUCAAGCCCGGCCACGUCAGCGCACACGAAGGAGACGACUAUGCACCUCUGCACCAGAAUGAGGCGGACGACUACCAACUGCCAAGUCGACGACCGGACUGGCAGCCAGAGCCAUACAGCGGCGGAUACGGAGAUCUUCACUCGGCAGAGGAGGACCGAAUCCGUGGAGCCGCCAGCGUCGAGCCCGAUGGCUUUGCGCCCAGUGGACACGUCCACUUUCCGGAUGCCGACUAUAGCUAUCGCGGAGCGGGAGGAGCCUGAUGACGCUACAAACAAAGAAACAAUCUAGCAGCAGCUGAUACCCUCUUUUCUGAAUAUCGCGGAAUAUGUAAAGAAUGCGCCUUGGUAUUUGAUGUUUGUUUUUCAGCACAGCCAUUUGAUAUUAGGUUCAGACAGCGGAGCAUGUCGUUGUAGCAGAGCAUGGAAAGGGUGUGCACAAACCAGCCAGUAGUGACGAACAAUUACGAAUAGAUAGAAUGAUAACUGUCAAUAUAUGCAU